AUGGCGAAUCCAACGGCGGAAUGGGAGAAGGUAGGGGACAAGUUCUACAGGAAGAUCCAGCUCUACACGGCCGUUUUUGACCAGGACCUGGAGCUUGAGAACUAUAUUGUGGCAGGAUGUUCUUAUGGGGGUGCUAUUGCCUUACAUCGAGAUGAGACAAAACUCCAUUCAUUCCGAGGCACCCAAGCCUCCAAGUCCAGCAUCGACCUCUACAGUUGUGCCGGAAAACUCAUCCGGAGCAUCAACUGGGACAAGGGAUCAAUCAGAGGCUUAGGCUGGUCAGAAGAAGAGAAACUCAUAGUUGUAACGGCGGAUGGUAUGUUCAGAUGCUACGAUAUCCAAGGAGACUUUGCGCAGUUCUCACUCGGACACGGCGCUGAAGAACACGGCGUCACAGCUUGCAGAUUCUACGGCGGCGGUUUCGUUGCUCUACUUUCAAAUAACCAUCUCAUAUCCGUCUCUCGCUAUGACGAACCACGCCCGAAAUUGCUAGCUCCGCCACCAGAGGGAGAUGUUCAUUCCUGGACGCUCAUCGCUCCAGCAUACACUCUUUCUCGGUCCGUGGAGGUUCUAUUGAGCAUAGGUCAAACGAUUUAUGUUGUCGAUGCAACCGAAGCAGAAGAUCGUAUGCUGGAUAUUGGCCCCUUUACUCACAUCAGCGUCUCUCCGAAUGGAAGAUUCGUUGCUUUGUACACUGAAACCGGAAAGGCAUAUGUCAUCACCAGUGACUUCCAAAACAGACUUAGUGAGCACGAUUCCAAAUCGAGGAUUCCUCCCAAGGAUGUCCAGUGGUGUGGUAACGAUGCGGUUGUCAUUGCUUGGGAGGACGAGGUCCAGAUCAUUGGGCCUAGCAAUGCAGCUGCAAAGUAUUUCUAUGACGGAAGGGUACAUCUGAUUGCAGACCACGAUGGAGUCCGUCUCAUCACGAACGAAGUCUGUGACUUUCUACAAAAAGUACCAGAAGUAACGGACGAAGUCUUCCGAUUCGGCACAGGAUCACCAGCCUCGAUCCUCCUCGAUGCUGUCGAGCAACUUGAGAACCAGUCCCCAAAAGCAGACGACAAUAUCCAGCUCAUCCGCCCCAACCUCGUCGAAGCAGUAGACACCUGCGUCAAAGCAGCCGGCCAGGAAUUCUCCAUCCAACAGCAAAAACAGCUCCUAAAAGCCGCCUCUUUCGGGAAAUCCGUCCUCGACAUCUACAACAGCGACGAUUUCGUCGACAUGUGCGAAACCCUGCGCGUCCUCAACGCAGUCCGCUACUACGAGAUUGGCCUUCCCCUUUCCUACGAGCAAUUCUUAGGUCUUACCCCUGAGAAGCUUGUUCAGCGGCUCAUCAACCGCCGCGAGUAUCUCCUCGCACUUCGCAUCUCCUCCUACCUUCGCCUCCCCACGGAUAGAAUCUACGUAUCCUGGGCCUCUCAAAAAGUGCGCGUCGGCUCCGAAGACGAAGACACAAUUUGUCGUCUCAUUGUCGAAAAACUGGCAGGGAAGCGAGGCAUUUCGUUUGAGGAGAUUGCUCGCGCAGCUUACGACGAAGGACGUGGCCGGCUCGCUACCGAACUGCUGAAUCACGAGCCCCGAGCAGGAAAACAAGUUCCGCUCUUGCUCAGCAUGGAAGAAGACGAGAUCGCGCUCGACAAAGCUAUCGAGAGCGGGGAUUCAGACCUAGUGUUCUUUGUGCUGCUGCACCUGAAGAAAAAACUGCCUCUAGCGAGCUUUUUCAGGGUCAUUAAUUCGCGGCCCGUGGCGACUUCUCUCAUUGAGUCUUCCGCCCAAGCCGAUGACGCGGAGCUGUUGAAGGAUCUGUAUUAUCAGGAUGAUCGGAGAACGGACGGAGCGAAUGUCUUUGUGCGUGAGGCGCUUAGGCAGCCUGAUUCCCGCACAGCUAUUGAUAAAUUGGCAUUAGCCGCGAAACUACUGUCCGAGUCAAAAGAGAAUGCGGUGGAGCUGAAAGCAUUGCAAGACGCGAGCUCGUUGCUGAAGAUGCAGGAAGCGUUGGAUCGGGACUUAACGGAGCAUUUCACGGGACUGAGCGUCAAUGAGACGGUGUUCAAGUUGAUUCGAUUGGGUUACUCAACCAGAGCGAAGAAAGUUAUCAGCGAGUUCAAGGUGCCGGAAAAGACGGCGGCGUGGCUCAGACUCCGCGCCCUAGUAUCCGCGCGCUCCUGGCCCGAGCUAGAAGAGAUGUCCAAAACCCGCCGCUCCCCAAUCGGGUGGGAGCCCUUCUUUACCCUCAUCCUCGCAGCCGGCAACCCCAAGCUCGCCAGCACAUUCAUCCCGAAAGCCGCGUCCUCAUCCUCUCUCGAGCCUGGCGAAACAGUCGCCAUGUACGAGAAGUGCGGGAUGCGGGUUAAAGCCGCCGAGGAAGCAGUCAAGAUCAAAGACAUUGACGCUUUCGACCGUCUCCGAGCCGCCGCUGGCCUAGGCACGGCCGAGGGCCGCGAAAUCGAGAGGCUAGGCGCGGCCUUGAAGCGGUGA